AGUUUUAGGUAGUGAUUUGCACUAUUUGUUUAAUUAUUAUUGCUUUGGAAAUGUAUUGUCUUCAACUAUUUAGAUGUAGGUUUAUUAGCGUAGCAUGACUACAGUUGCCAUGGCUAGUUACUGUUACUGCUAGAUUCUAACUUUUCUUAAAGGUUGGAGGUUCACUUUAUCUAAACUAUACCAGCGUCUUCACGAAGACUCUUCGUUUGAUUCGUCGAAAUGUGUUCAAUCGUUUUCAGGUAGCUCAGACAUAAACUGUAUGGGAACUAAGACUGCAUCCCCGCCUUGCAACUCAGUGCAGCAAUGACAAAGUCAAUCUCUUGCCCAGAGUAUGCCCGUUCGCAGGUUAGGUGAACGGGCAUACUCUGGGUACGAGAUUGUGACAAAGUAACAAACUGCAGCAGCUUGAUUACGCCCACGCCUUAUUUUUGAAUCUACAAUCUUCCCAGACUUGGCCAGGACACUCAAAUGGUGACAUUGAUAAAAGCAGUAAAUGUGAGCAACUAAACAAUAGUAUUACCGUCGUGAUCCACUCCAGGUUAUAGAGCAAUCAGUUGUUCAUGCGUGGUCCUCAAUGAAACUUGUGCUCUACAGUUUCGUAUGAUUUCAAGGUUUUUUUUCAAGUCAAAGUAUUAUAAACACCCUCAUUUUAUAACCAAUUAAAAUAAUUAUUUAUCUUAAAUUAAUGUCUAAAUCUUAUAUCAACAGUGUCCGGCCGGAUGCUGUCCAACAUAGUGAAAUCUAUCAUAGUGAUAUACUGAUAACUAUCAAACAUACUGAAAUCCAGCCGGAUAGCAAAAAGUUCUAUCUGGUGCAGCCCUAGAAGGGCCCUAGAAAUGACCAGGUUACAAGCUUGAGGCUCUUCCAUGGAGGGUGCCACAUUUGUAGGCAAAACUUAAUUGUGUAGUGCAAAUUGACCUUUACAGAAAGGAAAUAAAAAGACACAAACAUUUCAUGUUGAAAUAGUUUAUUUAUGCCUGGCAGUUAACAUUUCUCUUAUAUUAUUUUCAUGUUCUUUAAUCUUGUUCUCCAAAUGUUCUUUAUUCCCCUAAAUUGAGAAAAACAUUCAUGAGAUUAAUCUUCAAUCAUCGCAAUGUACAUCAUAGACAUAGAUUAUCUAAUCGGUGAUAAACUCGCGGGUUCAAAUUUUGACGAGAACUACUAAGCUAGUGACGGAGAAUAUUUGCUACACGUGAUAAUAUCCAGCAGGGUUCGUAGUCUCCAAGACCAAAAAUAUUCAAAGACUUUCAAAGAUUUUUUCUGCCUAUUUUCAAAGACUUUUCAAAGACCUUUGAGAGCAAUCAGCUGUCGAAAAAUUGCGAGUGUGUAAGUCCCGCCACAUCACAUCUAAAAAUGUACCUUUUCGUCGAUAUUUGCGAAAACCUUGCUUGCUCUUCAAUCAAUCUAUUUUAUUAGCUAGGAAAAUGUAUAAUCAAAUACUCACUAAAGAAUUUUCAAGACUUUUAAAGACUUUCUUCGCUUUUUCACACAAUUCAAAGACUUUUCAAAGACCUUAAAGACCUGCAUUCAAAUUUAAAGACCACUACGAACGCUGUCCAGUCACGUCUCAUGCAACUCUUGUUUUCAUUUGACUGGAGUUAAAAAGCUCUCAUGCAAAAAAAACUCUCGCUUGCCAACUCUCAUGUCGAUCCCCGUUUGACCAUUAUUGUACCUCAAUUGUCUUCACUUUGGAAUCCGUUACUCUUAUUUUUUCUUGCAGAUUUUCUUGGACUGUUUUGAUUGGCUGAUAUAAGAACCUAAAUUGGUAAUUCGUCACAAAACAAAAAGCAAAUCAGAUACCAAUUAGGCAAUUUAAAUACCACUAUUAAUAUCAAACAACAUAUAUAAAAGGUCUUACAUUCGUCCAACAGACUCGUACGUUCGGGUCUCGGGUGGCAAAACAUCCAGUUCUUUUUCGGUCAGUCUUGCUCGAGUUAUGGCGCCUCUCAGAUGCUCAAUUUGAACUUCUGAUAUCUUUAUUUUUUGGGUCGAUUCUUGCAUCAAUUGUUGUAGAUCUUGAAAGGCCUAUAAUUAAUAAAAUAUUAGAGUAUGUACACCGAUUCCUGCCCAGAAGAGAACAUUAGGUCCUGUAUUUUAAUUACCUCCAUUAGUGGAGGUAAUUAAAAUAAAAAUGCUAAAUUUUUAAAUUGAAAAUGAACCUUUCUUAAAUCUUGAUCUAGCUGAGGAUCCGCCAUCUUGAAUUUUCGACUAGCGUCCAAGCCUCCAACUUUGUCGCCCCGACAAAAUGGCGGCACGUUUUAAAAAUAGAACCCAAAUUCUUAAACUUUCUUUAAACAAUUUAGGCUAUUCUCUACGUUAUUUAAGCUCUACGCUUGUACAGAAUGUACCGAAUUGUUCGGUUAUCCCCCUAUGGUCUCAAAAAGUAAAUAAUUUUGGAUAUUUAAGAGUUUUUAGUGGAAAUUUUGGGGUGCAUAUUACUGGUUCAAAUUCAUGGCAUGGAGAGCAAAGUACUGUUAGUGUGUCGUUGGUAUCAGAUUGCAAGGAUGUUUUGAAGUAUGAGAAAGAUUUAGGAGUUAUAAGAGAAUUUAUUUGUUGUGAUGCUUCGAAUAAAGAUGAUGGAUUGUCUCAAGUUACGGUAAAUUAAUACUAAAUUGAAUUGAUAUCUAUGUUUAUAUAUUGUUAUAAUAUAUUAAUUUAACAGCGAUUAUCGCCUUUAUUACCAUCACUACUAUCACUACCACCAUCUUUACCAUCAUGGUGAAAUCUUUUUGGGGAACAAGGAAAGAAAGGAAAAAUCACCAUCGUACAGUAGUUGGCACCACCACCACUGUCAUCAUUAAUUUAUCAUCAUCACUGUCACCAUCACACCACUAUUAUCAUGUCAUGACCACCACCAUCAUGCACCACUGUCAUUGUACCAUGUCGUGAGACUCAUGAUUACCAUUGUUGUCAUUACCAUGUCAUGAUCACCACACUAUCAUAUGAUAUCAUGACCAUCACCACUGUCAUCAUUACCAUGUCAUGAUCACCACUGUCAUCAUUACCAGACCUUACCACAUCAUGACCACUACUGUCAUCAUUACCAUGUCAUGAUCACCACUGUCAUCAUUAGCAGACCUUACCACGUCAUGACCACUACUGUCAUCAUUACCAUGUCAUGAUCACCACUGUCAUCAUUACCAGACCUUACCAUGUCAUGAUCACCACUGUCAUUGUUACCAUGUCACGAGACUCAUGAUCACCACUGUCAUUGGUACCAUGUCAUGAGACUCAUGAUCACCACUGUCAUUGGUACCAUGUCAUGAGACUCAUGAUCACCACUGUCAUUGGUACCAUGUCAUGACCACCACCAUCACCACUGUCAUUGUUACCAUGUCAUGAGACUCAUGAUCACCACUGUCAUUGGUACCAUGUCAUGAGACUCAUGAUCACCACUGUCAUUGGUACCAUGUCAUGAGACUCAUGAUCACCACUGUCAUUGGUACCAUGUCAUGAGACUCAUGAUCACCACUGUCAUUGGUACCAUGUCAUGAUCACCACUGUCAUCAUUACCAAUUGUCAUGACCACUACCAUCACCACUGUCAUAUAUCAGUAACCAUGUCAUGACCACUACCAUCACCACUGUCAUCAUUACCAUGUCAUGAUCACCACUGUCAUCAUUACCAUGACCACCAGCACCACUGUCAUCAUUACCAUGCCAUGACCACUCGCCAUCACCACUGUCAUCACUACCAUGAUCACUACCAUAACCACUGUCAUAUAUUAGUUACCAUGUCAUGACCACUACCAUAACCACUGUCAUAUAUCAGUUACCAUGUCAUGACCACUACCAUAACCACUGUCAUAUAUCAGUUACCAUGUCAUGACCACUACCAUAACCACUGUCAUAUAUCAGUUACCAUGUCAUGACCACUACCAUAACCACUGUCAUAUAUCAGUUACCAUGUCAUGACCACUAGCCUUCAGUUCAUACCACCACCAUCAUCAUCACCAUCAGAAUUUUAAUCUUUCAGAUACAAACAGAUGACAACAAAAUCUUCCAAAAUUUCAAAUCAACGUUACUGGAAAGAAGCAAACUACGUAUUGAAAUGCCUCAUUCCUAUGAACUCUAUCUAAAUAGUUCAUCCCAGGCACCCGUCACUGUGGAGAAGCUAGAAUGUGAUGAUAUUAAAAUACACACAGAAGGAAACUGCCUUUUAUCUCAACUGAAAAGUCAGUUGAUAACUGUGAAUUCCAACUCAGGUGAAUAUAACUUGUCAAAAUGUUGUGUUAAGAGAGUGUUGAUGGGGUAUAUCGUGAGUCGUGAUUCGCUCAAUUUCGAUUACCGUCAGUCGUGAAAACACUAAAAAUCUUCUCAGCGUGAAUCGUGAGGGAAAAAAUACUGUUUGUCGUUUCAGAACACCUUUGAAAUAUUUACCGUUAAAAUACCAAAAUGUUACUUAUUGUUACCGUUAAAGUACCAAAAUUUUUACAGUUUACUGAUUUUCAGACUCUCUACCAUGCUACGUAGUUUUCUUUUCUUUCUAUCAGUGUCGAAAUUUCAUGUUUCAUAAUGCUUACCGAAAUCCACAAAGAAGUAAAUGUUAGUUAUUAUUUCCAGGCGAUAUCCUUAGCGAGUCAUCCUUAGUUGGUGACCUAGAAUUGACAACCAAUAAAGAUGGUCGUGUUCAUUUGGGUAAAAUUCAAGGGAAUGAUAUGAAGAUAAACUGUGAAGAUGGUAAUGUCAUGAUUUCCAGUUUAUAUGGUGGUGAUGUACUGGUCAACACUCAACUUGGGAAUAUCAUCAUUGGUGAUGCACAUGGUAAGUUGAUCGCCUUCUGCAAACACCGGAGCGACCUUCUUGUGUUGUAAUUAACAAAAUCAAGAACAUAGCACCGAAACAGACUACGCAACGUUACAGGUUGGAGAUUAAUUUUAUAAAGAAAUGAUGAAAAUUAGAAGAUGAAACUUACCGAACACAAAACCAUGCACAUAAAACAUAUUUGGGUAAAUUUGUAAUGACAAGCAUUUAGUAUGUGCAUACAAAUAACAAAAACUAUUUCAAACGUAGUCGGUAAUACGUCGUCAAGAUCUCAAACUCCCUGUUAUCGUCGCCACUGGGACAGAUCGUUUGAGAUGCUUAUUCCUUGUUUGCAGUGACCGCAAGUAAUUUUGGGAUUUCAGUUGACGAGCAGGUAUAACAAAAAACGGCUAUUUUAAUAUAUUGAUCGAGUUUACAGACAGUUUAAGACUCAAAAGAUGAAUUACCGUUCAGUUUUUCUUGCUACGACCAUUCUGAUAGGAGAAAAACCGUCCACAAGUUGUUUGAUUGCCCGUCAUUUGGAUGAAAAGUCACGUGAUUGCAAACAAAGAAUUGAAAUUACCUACAAUCUUUUCCAGGCAACAUAGAAGUGACUUCAAUUUCUGGUGAUAUAAAAUGUGGCUCUAUAUCAGGUCUGUUAAAGGCACUUAGUGAAGAUGGAAAUAUCGAAACUAAGCUCACUUUAGGAGGAAAUGUCAACGCUACCGGCUUAAAUGGUGAGGGAAAAUUCAAUUUUAAUUCCCAAGUUAUGACGUGAUUUAUACUGUUUUGUAUGAUCUGCAAAAGUCGGGGUAAUAAUUAUCUUUAUUUAUUUACAGGUAAUGCAAUAAUAAAACUCGAUUCAGACUUGAAAUGCAAACUUGAACUCUCUUCCAAAACAAUGAACAUUACGCCAGAUCUUCAGAUUCAUGAGAAAUCCGAACGAACAGCCGACGAUCUUACAACAUUAACUGGACAAACACACGGAGCUGGUGAGCAAUACGGUACAGUCAGGUGUCAGAAAGGUAACAUUGAUUUACUGCAGGAAAGUUGGUUUGUAAUGCCUAAAAGUUAGGCUGAAAAUAUGUAUACCAAAAUAUUAGGGCAAAUUUUCUAAUGAUUUCAAGAAUUUUGGGGCUAUUCAACGAAAUUUACUUGAAAACGUAACGUUCAAAUAUAUUUUCGUAAAAUAAUUAAGCAUUGUGUUUUAAAUAGUUAAUUGCGUCUAUCGGCUUAAAAACUAAAUGACAUAACGGAACGCCAGUGCUACAAAUAUCCACGGAAUCGUCCUGGAUAGUCCUGGAUAGAUCAAGAACAAACUCUGCAAUGAAUUUGCUAUAUACACGUUCAAAGACACGAGAACUUCCGUAGUUUUGCGAACAAAAUGAUUGCUAAGUUAUUUCAUACAGAAACGACUGCUAUAGAUUGCUUUCACAAAAUUCUAUCGUACAACAGAUGGUGAUGAACCUGCAGUUACCAUGAGAGAAUAUAUAAUGUUAAUUCUUUCUAUUGUAUACAGUAUACUCUUCGUUGCAAAUGAUGUAGUUUAUAUGAUGUAGAUUAUAUUUAUAUACUGUAAUGACAGUGUGAACAUUUCUCAAGACCUGAAUCACUUUAGUCCUUAACCCCAAAUAUACAAACAUCGUUGCUUAAUAUACAACAACAGGAUUUAAUUAAGUUAUUGUCUAGCAUAUUUAUGUAUAUAAC